CUGCCGCUGCCCUCGAGUGGCGCGCACGGCUGCAGCCCGCCGCAAAGGCGCCCCCGCCGUGCGCCCCGACGGCGCCCGCCCGCCGAUGCUGGAGUGAGCGUGAGGGCGACGCGAUGCUGGCGCUGCUGGCCGCCGGCGUGGCGCUCUCGGUGGCCGCCGGGGCCCAGGACGGCCCCGCGCCCGGCAGCCGCUUCGUGUGCACGGCGCUGCCCCCGGAGGCGGCGCGCACCGGCUGCCCGCUGCCCGCGAUGCCCAUGCAGGGAGGCGCGCUGAGCCCCGAGGAGGAGCUGAGGGCCGCGGUGCUGCAGCUGCGCGAGACCGUCGUGCAGCAGAAGGAGACGCUGGGCGCGCAGCGCGAGGCCAUCCGCGAGCUCACGGGCAAGCUGGCGCGCUGCGAGGGGCUGGCGGGCGGCAAGGCGCCGGGCCGGGCGGCCACGGGCAAGGACACCAUGGGCGAUCUGCCGCGGGACCCCGGCCACGUCGUGGAGCAGCUCAGCCGCUCGCUGCAGACCCUCAAGGACCGCCUGGAGAGCCUCGAGCACCAGCUCAGGGUGAACGUGUCGAACGCCGCGCUGCCCAGCGACUUUCGGGAGGUGCUCCAGCGGCGGCUCGGGGAGCUGGAGAGGCAGCUGCUGCGCAAGGUGGCCGAGCUGGAGGACGAGAAGUCCCUGCUCCACAAUGAGACCUCGGCUCACCGGCAGAAGACCGAGAGCGCCCUGAACGCGCUGCUGCAGAGGGUGACGGAGCUGGAGCGAGGCAACAGUGCAUUCAAGUCGCCCGAUGCGUUCAAAGUGUCCCUCCCUCUCCGCACAAACUACCUGUAUGGCAAGAUCAAGAAGACGCUGCCCGAACUGUACGCCUUCACCAUCUGCCUGUGGCUGCGCUCCAGCGCCUCACCGGGCAUCGGCACCCCGUUCUCUUAUGCAGUGCCCGGGCAGGCCAAUGAGAUCGUGCUGAUCGAGUGGGGCAACAACCCCAUCGAGCUGCUCAUCAACGACAAGGUUGCACAGCUGCCCCUGUUUGUUAGUGAUGGCAAGUGGCACCACAUCUGUGUCACCUGGACGACGCGGGAUGGCAUGUGGGAAGCUUUCCAGGAUGGGGAGAAGCUUGGCACCGGGGAGAACCUGGCUCCUUGGCACCCCAUCAAGCCGGGGGGUGUGCUGAUCCUCGGGCAGGAGCAGGACACCGUUGGGGGCAGGUUUGAUGCCACACAGGCGUUUGUCGGGGAGCUCAGCCAGUUCAACAUAUGGGACCGCGUCCUUCGUGCACAAGAAAUUGUCAACAUCGCCAACUGCUCCACGAACAUGCCGGGCAACAUCAUCCCCUGGGUGGACAACAACGUCGACGUAUUUGGAGGGGCUUCAAAGUGGCCCGUGGAGACCUGUGAGGAGCGUCUCCUUGACUUGUAGCCACCUUCUCCUCUGUCCGGGAGGCCGGGGUGGGGCUGCUCCUGUGGAAGUCCAGGGCCACUUACUCCCCAGUUAGACUGUGUAUAAACCUCCUGCCAGAAUGGGCUGGGGCCCCCAAGGCCCAUUCCCAGGGAAUCUCUAAGACCAAGGCUCUGUGGCAGCAUUCGUCACCGGCUUAUUUGUUCCUUAGCAAGAUUUUGUUGUUUUUCGGGGGGAAGAAGCCCUGAGCCGCAGGUGGGGGAAGAUCUGACUUCCUGCUGUGGGGGCAUUAUAGUCCUUAAGGCCCUGUUCAGAACCCCCUGUAAAUGCUAGUGCACCCCAGCCCUACCCGCCCUCUCGGAUCCUUGGUGUCUCGUGUGCGCCUUCUGUCCGUCCCCUUUAGAGGCUGUGCAGCCGUCCUGCUGGAGUGGCCGUGUCCCUUGUGUGUUGAGUACAUCCUGCUGUCCACUGAGCACGCAGCAAAGCAGUCCCCCCCGUCGCAGAAGGGCCUUUCUCUUGGUGUUCUUUAUGCUGUGAAUCUUUCCAUCAGAAGAACUCUUGAGCUUGAAGAGGAGGGCAGGCUGCCCAGACAAUGCCCUGCCUUCUCCAAGGUGGAGGGGGUGUCCGUGGCUCCAGAGAGGGGAACUUGGAAUGGAGAAGGGCUGUGGCAGCCGUCCCUCCCCCUCUGUCACCUCUCCCUGAGACCGAUGCUUUGAUGGAGUCAUCACUGGGGUGCAGCUUCGAAAGGCCUCUUCUCUCCACUGGUGCCAAAAGUUCAUUUGCAGGCUUCACAACCAUUCGGUAUGGUUUGGGAGAUUUAUUUUUUCCCGACAGAAAAGAGCAGCCAUUAGCAGGCUCCCGUGUUUGAUGUCUUGCCGCACUGUGAGGAACGUGCUAGUUUCAAUUCCUGUUGAUUCCUGGAAGCAUUUGACAGUCUCGAGUAUUUCCCCCAGAACUCGUUCAGGAAACGGAUGUCAUUUGGCUGAUAUCUGCUCAGUGACUCCAGGCUGCUUAAUUUAUUGGACAGAGGUAGUAAUUUAUUUUAAAGAUAAAGUGAUUAAGUGGGGAAAUUUAUAAAACUAAAUAUUAUAUAUUUUAUUUUUCAUACAUGUUUGAAGUGCAAAUCUGUGGAAAUUCCAUUUGUAGGACCAAGUUGACAUGCCCAUCCUAACAUUGUAUGCUACAGGAACUCUUCUGAUGAUGGAAUUUUGAUUAAAGUGCACUGGAAGAUG